GACGGCCAAGGUGAAUGGCAUAUAAGAAACAUGAAAGGACCUCAUCAUGCAGCUCAUCAAGAUUGCCGCCUUCACAGCCCUGCUGGGCUCUGCCCUUGCCAGCCCUGUCCCGAACGGCCGACCUUCAGCUCAAGGUGUCCAGGAAGAGGCACGCCUGUUCAAGCGUGAUGCUGAGAGGCACCAUCCUGCGGGUGCGCAAGAAGAAGCUCGUCUGUUCAAGAAUGACGUCCGGCCCUCGGUAGAGGGCGUCCACGAGGAGGCUCGUCUCUUUAGGCGGGACAGGCCUUCGGCCCAGGGCGCCAAGGAAGAAGCACGCCUGUUCAAGAACUCUGUGCGCCCAUCGCCUGAAGGUGUCAUGGAGGAGGCCCGUCUCUUUUAGAGAGACGAGAAUCACGAUAAUGCCAUAGUGAAUACAUGUUUUGAGCGACCUCUGCAAUAUCGAGUCUCCUAUCGCUUGAACUGUAGUCGCGAUCGUAAUUGCGCAUAUGGACAUGUUGCCAACCCUGGAUGGUGCGAACAUGCAGAUCACACUUUCAAAUCCAGACGAGGCUCUAUCUCAGAGCUGAUCAUCGCAAUGAACGUUGAUUCCAGGAACGACUGAGGCGGGCGAGCUGAACAUUUGAUGACGAUCUGGGCGGCCUUGACCGACCGAAGAUCAUCCCCGGUCGGUCUGUCCGUGAGUCGAUCUGUCGCUCAUCCUCCGCCCGUUGAGCGUCGGAACAUUUGAUGGUUAACAACUUAAAGCGUCAACGCCGAGCGACUUGAGAGUGGGGUGCAUUGUUGAUCU